AUGCUUCAGGUUCAAGGAACCAUCUUCCCAGCUCCAAAUUUCAAUCCCAUAAUGGAUGCCCAAAUGCUAGGGGGAGCACUCCAAGGAUUUGGCUGUGACAAAGACAUGCUGAUCGACAUUCUAACUCAACGCUGUAAUGCACAAAGGCUGAUGAUUGCGGAGGCAUACCAGAGCAUGUAUGGCCGGGACCUAAUUGGUGACCUGAAGGAGAAGCUUUCAGAUCACUUCAAAGACGUCAUGGUUGGCCUCAUGUACCCACCAUCAUCUUAUGAUGCUCAUGAACUCUGGCAUGCCAUGAAGGGAGCAGGCACUGAAGAAAAUUGUCUCAUUGAUAUUUUAGCUUCAAGAACAAAUGGAGAAAUUUUCCAAAUGCGAGAAGCCUACUGUUUGCAAUACAGCAGCAACCUUCAAGAAGACAUUUACUCAGAAACCUCAGGACACUUCAGAGAUACACUCAUGAAUCUGGCCCAGGGAACCAGAGAGGAAGGAUACACAGACCCUGCUAUGGCUGCUCAGGAUGCAAUGGUCCUGUGGGAAGCCUGUCAGCAGAAGACAGGGGAACACAAAACCAUGCUGCAAAUGAUCCUGUGCAACAAAAGCUAUCAACAACUGUGGCUCGUUUUCCAGGAAUUUCAAAAUAUUUCUGGGCAAGACAUAGUAGAUGCCAUUAAUGAAUGCUAUGAUGGAUACUUCCAAGAGUUGCUAGUUGCAAUUGUUCUCUGUAUUCGAGAUAAACCAGCCUAUUUUGCUUAUAGACUAUAUAGUGCAAUCCAUGACUUCGGGUUCCAUAAUAAAACUGUAAUCAGGAUCCUAAUCGCCAGAAGUGAAAUAGAUCUGAUGACCAUCAGGAAACGAUACAAAGAGAGAUACGGAAAAUCGCUGUUUCAUGACAUCAAAAAUUUUGCUUCAGGGCAUUAUGAAAAAUCUCUGCUUGCCAUCUGUGCUGGUGAUGCUGAAGACUACUGA